CAGGCAAUCUGGGCCUGGUUGUUGAGGCCCCUUUCACAAAACAUCAGUCUGAAUUUAGUAGACAGAAGUCACUGGGAAAAGCUUGACAGAAUUCUGCUUAGUUAAGGCUCCCUCCAGCUGCAGAGGGUGUUUUUGUUAGAAUCACACAUUGAGCAUAACUGCUUAGAAUAGAGCAGUGAUCUCAGCAACGAAAUCUGAACUUUUAUGCUAGCAGAAACUAACUGGGACUGAGUGAUUUUUGGGGGGGUUUUGUUUUGUUUUUGUGGCCAAAGUUUUUAGCGAGGUAAUGUCUGUGAUUUCCACCUUCUCUUCAUAUAGAUGUUAAAAUGAUGAAACUCUCUCUCCCUCUGGAAUUCAUUGCAGUCAUGACAUCUCCUCUGGUCCUGUAUAGAAUGUACCUUGCAGCCUGUUGCUGAACUGUUAUGACAUGUCUCUAGCAAUCAGAAAGAGAAGCUGGGAAGAACAUGUGACCCAGUGGAUGGGCUUGCCUUUUAAUUCUGUUGAGUAUAAUACAGCAUGUCAUCAUGGACUUGUAGCUGAUAACUUUCAAGAAAGUAUGGAAAAAGAUGAAGUUUUGAAUGUGGACCGGAAAGAAAAAUGUGCUUCUUUACCAGACUGCUGUCAUGGUGGAGAACUGAUUGGCUUCCCUGCAAAGCUGCUUAGCAACAUUUCAAAAGAGGUGGAUGAAAAUGAUAACCAUGAGGAUGAGGAGCAUUUUCUUUCUUUGGAGGCCAGCACAGAAACUUUGGUCCAUAUUUCUGAUGGUGAUGACGACGAUGUUUCAAACCUCUGUUUGGAUAAAGUUAACCACCAGUUCACUAUUGGAAGGAGACUAACAGAUGAAGAGCAAAGUUUAGGAGGAGCAGGCUCCUUAACAAAUAUGGUAGCAAUGAUUAAAACAAACAGGGAAUCUAACAUUUCUGAAACAAUAGGAGAUAUUGAUGAACUUGACUAUGACACAGUCCCCAACGAAGAGAAGGAAGAAGAGGACAUUUGUGGCAGUAUUGGGAAAACCCUGGAGCUUUGUAAUUAUAAAGGCUUAAAUGAAGUAAUAGAUGCCCCAAGAGAAAAUCUCUCCAGUUCUCUAAAUGUGAAGGAAAUUAUGCCUGAGAAACAGCUGCUUCAUACUGCUGUAAUUGCACAACAGCGUAGGAAAUGUGAUGCUCCUAAAGAUAGGCAUGAAAAGGCUGACUAUAACGUGGUCCAGGGUGAGUUUUCUCCUGGUCUGUAUACUGGCAGUGGUAGACAACCAUUCUCAAAAGCAGACUCCAGCAACUACCUUAUGCAAUCUCCUCUCAGUUCCCAUAUAAUGUCAAUGGAAAAUGGACUGGAUGAAAGUGGUUACACAGAACCUCAAGUGGUUCCUGAAAAAAAAUGCCUUACAAAUUUCAGUCCAGUGGAAGGCACGCAAUGUUUACAUUUGAAGGAUAAUCUGUCCACCCAUGAAUCUACAGACAAUCAAGUGAAACUGCGCAAAAGAAAGGAAAUGAGAGAAGAUCGAGAUCGGUCACGAUUGGACUCCAUGGUGCUGCUAAUUAUGAAACUGGACCAGCUCGAUCAGGAUAUUGAAAAUGCUCUCAGUACAGGCUCUUCACCAUCCAGCACCCCAACGUACAAACGGAGGCAUAUACCUCCUUUCACUUGCAGAUUGCACUUUUCUGUGAAAAGAGAGCUGAUAUGUGGGAGAAUUAUGAAAACGUCCCAGAUGAAAGAAUGGGAGAACAGCAAAAUUCAAAAGGAUUUGGAAUCUGGCUCUGCAAGUGGAGCAGACGUUGUUUCAAUAAGUCACUCCCAAACACACUUGCCUCCUGAUAUCCAUGCUGCUGACCUAACAUCUCCAUGUCCAAUGGCUGGCUCUGGAGCUAAACCCAAGGCUGGGGAGAGAUUUUUGGAGUGGGAACCAAGACCGAGGACAGGGCUAAAGCAGUGAAAUGUGAGGAAUUUAAAU